GAUUAUUCAAUUAAAUUUUUAUUGUAGGUAUAUAAAUAAUAAACAUAAUUUUACUUGAAUAUGUUAUUGAUAGAAUUUGGUAAGCAUAAAAUUUUUAUAUAAAAAAAGAUAAUUAAUUCAUCAUAAAUUAGCUAGCUAAUAUUUAUAGAUAGAAUGCAAAGAAAAAUUUAAAAAAAGAGAAGAGGAAAUAAAUUCAAAGAUGACAUAAUGUUAGAAGAAACUGGAAAAAAUACUCUUUCCUCCUAAAGUUAAAGCAGGAGCAAUUAAAUUAUUUUAUUAGAAUAAUAGUAUAGCCUAGAUAAAUAGUUUAUAAAUAAAUUAGAUUUAGAAUUGGCAAAGUAAAAUUAAAACAACUGUUAAAAAGAGUCUUUAACACCAUGGGAAUCUAAAGAAGCAAGCAAAUUGAGCUUUAUGAACGAUUUAGAAAUAGAUAAUUAAAGCUUAUUUAGUAAUGCAUUAACCAAUACAAAAGGAAGCUAAACUGAAUAUAAAUAAGAAAAAAAAAAGUUUAUUCUACCUUUACAUUAAAUUAGAAAUAAAUUUAAUUUUGCUAAUACUCCUACUUUACCAAAGCAUGAGCAACAAACUACACAAUUAUCUUUUUAGAACUAGGAAUAAAAUUUAAAAAGCGAGAAUUCUUUUCAAAUUACUAAUAAUGGCUACAAUACUAAAAAUGUUUAAAAUUCUAAGCAUUAAUUCUGCUCAAAUUAAUAAUUUUUGCCUAAAACAUAAGAAGAUUGUUCAAAAAAUUUUGGAUCUACUUCUUUGCUUGAUUAAGAAGAAAGCAAUUAUAAUUAAAAUAUUUUACGUAAUAAAUCUAAUUCACUUUUGAAUUACAAAAAGUGUUAAUAAUCAAAUGAAAAUAUCACUCCUCAAAGUAAAAAAUAAGAUGUACAUAAAUAAUUUUAAAAAGACUAGAAUUAUUUUAUCUCAUAAACUUAAAGUUCAGGAUAGACAAAUAAAUUAGAUUUAAUUAAAUCUAGCUAAUAAAUUUAAAAAAUUAGUUAAGAAAAUUAAAAUAUGUUUACUCCUAGAUUUAUUCAUAUCUCUUCUAAUGAUAGUUAAAAAACAUAGAGUGUCAGAUCUAACUCAUAAUCCUAAUCUUUAGAGCAGUUUACUUAAAUAAAAAACAUAUAAAAUUUUUUAUAAAAUAUUCAAACUGAUUCAAAUCAUCAUCUUAAAAACAAAAUAAAUCCAUUUAAAAAUUUUUAUUAUCAAUCUUCUUAAACAAUCAAUUUGAAUAACAAAGUUGAUUUAAAUUAUGAAUAAGAAAUGCAUAAAACAAACUUAAUUAAUGGUAAUUUUAGAUCUCCAUCUUUUUUGCAUAUAAAUAAGGUUGAUAUUUAAAAAUCCAAUACAUUAUAUUAAAAAAAUAAACUUCAAAAUCAACAAAAGACUUUUUAUUAAUAAACUGAAAGCAAUAAACCCAUUUAAUUAAAUUUAAAUUUUAGUAGUAAAAUAAUCGAUACACCUAAGAGAUUGAUGAAUAACAAUGAAGAAAAUGGUAUUUAAGAAUCUCCUUAUUAAGCUAAUCAACAUAAUUAAACAACUGAUUAAAUAUAAAAUAUAAAUUACUUCAAAUCAAUUUUUCCUAAAUAAAACGAUAAAUUAAACUUAGAUAAAAAAAGAUAAAACACUAUGUCAGAAUCUCAACCUUUAUAAUUCAGAAACAGUACUUAAAGAAUGUUAUAAUCAAGCAAUAGCGAAUUUAAAUAAGGUGAGUCUAAAAUGAUAACAAAUAGUUUUUCUAGCAAAAAAAUGUAAUAAAAAAACAAUUUAAUUUACUUUUUAAAUGAUGAAGCUUUAACAAAAUAAUACGGGUUCCAAACGCCAAGAAAAGCAUAAGAAAAUAAUACUAUUCUUACAGAAAGGUUAUGGAAAACAGGUCCUAACUUUUUUUAAAUGAAUUAAAAAAGAAGUAAAUCUAACAAAAAUUCAUUUUACAAAUAAAAUAAUUAUAAUUCAGAUAAAUAAGAAUGCUCUAAAGUAGAUAUAAACUAAUAUAAGAAUUUUUAAAUUUUUGAAGACUUUAUACAAAAAAAGGAGUAAGAGAAUUCUCUAAAAAAAUCAAAUUAGAUUAUGAAUUAAAAUAUGAUGAAAUAUAAAUAACACAUGAAGUAAAAGAAAUAGCUAAAAUAAGAAGAAGAUCAAUAAAUAAACACUCUUCUUUAAAGUUAUGUUUAAAAUUAAUACUCACAAAUUUUGUAAAAAAUUAUUAAAACUAAAAAAAUAAUGCUAAAUACAAACCAAUUUAACAUAAAUAUUUCAUAAACUAAUUUGUAAAAAAAAAACAUCGAUUAAAUUUAAAUAAACCAUAUAAAUAUAAAAUGA